AUGGCCCCUCCCAGCAGGCCAACCCUUCCUCCUCCCUCCAAAACGCGGCCGGCGCUGACCUCGUCGAGCGUGAGCACCAGCUCUCGCGUGCGUGCACGGAAGACACAUAGUGGUGGAUUACCCCAGGCGAUCAACACGAACCUCAGCGCCCACCCGCGUACGGAUCCCGCCAACGCGCUCAGCGUCCUCCGGAAACUCCUCACUUCUCUUCCGUCACGUAUUGGAGGAUGUCAGUACAAGCUAACGGCUGCAGAACACGCCCUGUCCCUUCAUCUCAUCAGCAUCAUCGACCCUUUUGUUUAUCAUGGGGUCCGUGCGCUGGCGCCGAACCCUGUGCACCGGAAGGUCCCCUCUGCCCCAGCGACAGGACUCACCCACCAGCCAACUGAGAUUCUCGACGCGAUUCUCUUCCACGUCGACUCGCGCAAGGACCUCCUGAACGUCGCGCUGGGGUGCAAGCGCCUGCACGAUGUCGUUUUCCCGAGGCAUUUCGAUUAUCGCGUCAUCCGUUGUAAGGUGUCGUCGAUUAGCGUCUGGAACCACCUUAUAAAGAACCGCUCUUUGGCGAGGAACGUCAGGAAGUUGGAGAUCAUUGACGAGCGCGCGUCUACCCCGCGAGGGGUCUCGACGGGGCACAAAGGAAUGCUCGUCCCGCGAGGGAUGUUGCAGCGGGACACGGACUUGGAUUCAACGGAUGACGAGUUUACCAUGCACUCGAAGCAAGAACGAUUCCUGGCCGCCGCCCUCUUGCGGAUGACGGGCUUGAGAGAAUUCAAGUGGUCAUGCAUCCAUUCUCCAAUCUCCAUCGCCAACGUUUGGCCGACGAUCAUGAUGCGAGCGCCCAACCUUCGAUCCAUGGAGAUUCACGACAAUUUGGUGUUCGCGCCGAGGAUUACGGUCGAGGAGAGUAGCGAUGAGAGUAGCGAUGAGAGUGGGUCAGACAGUGAGGGAGAGGGAAGCUCGUCGACUACACCGGGUAUGACUGUUGUCACAGCUCCUUCGAGCUUGCUGGAGAUGACGAAAGUGGUCUUCCGCUCUACGUCUCAUUCGUAUGGUACAGCCAAACAACCCGACUUGGGCCAUAUUUCCGCGAUGUUGCACCAGUGCGCGAAUCUCAGGGACCUCGAAAUUACGUACGUCACGCCUCGGGCUGGAGGAGCUAAUGGGAGCUCUCGCGCUCGGCCCCUUGCAGACGAAUUUCUUUUGUACAGUCGUUGGGCCAGUUUGACGACCCUUACCCUUGCCAAUCUGCGAUGUGCGACAUCGGCUGCUCCAGCUGCCUUCCUGGCCGGUCAUCCCAACCUCGAGGUUCUCAACAUUGACAUGGGCAUGCACAGCAACAUCAUCCAUCUCUCUGAUGGGUCUCUUCCACGUCUGCGCGAAGUGAAGGCGUCGAAGGAUAUCAUCAACGCUAUCCUGGAAUGCCCAUGCGAGACCGCCCGUCCCUUGGAGUCGUUGAAAGGGUUCAAACUCUCUGGACAUUCAAACAAUGGCUGCGCCGUCUCUUCCACCCGUUCCGUCUCCGACGCUACCUUCCUCGGGAACCUCAAGCGUGCUAGCAGCACCAUCCGAAGCAUCGAGCUCGUUGGUUGGCACGAGAUGGAGGACAUCCGGCGGUUGACCGCCUGUGUUUCGAGUAUCCAGCACCUUGAUGUCGGACGACGUCUUGGGGCCGUCGGUGCCCGCCAGACAGGCGCAAACGAGAAAGGCACGACCAACGGACCAGUGGCGAACAUCAUUGAGUGGACCGAGCUCCUGGCGAUGUUGCCCGAGCUAACGACGAUGCAUGGUGUCAAGUUCUUCUACGACGUGGCCUCUGCUGUUGUUGGCGCCCCUAUCCUCUCCUCUUCAAGUCCCGCCAACGGCCUGUGGUCCACGAGCAAUUCGAACAGCUCUCCAAUCUCGGCUUCUGCUUCUCCCACCCCUCCCAUUGGUGGCGCACCGUCAACGUUCGGACCUGCAAAGACCCAACCCCAGGUGUCGAUGAUGGAGCGGAGUCGCAUGCGCAAGAACGACGAGAUAGCAGGUGUGCUGGCUUGGAAAUGCCGCAAACUGCGUCGGGUCGACCACUGGGAGGAUGGCAGCGGCAAAGUCAUCGUUCUAGUUCGCGAUCAUGGGAACGCGUCGGAAGAAGCUGGAGUGGGGAAAGAUAAAGUCCGGUGGGAGGUUAGGAGGGUCAAACACUGA